CAGUAACGUCUUCACUUACAUCGGUCUUAAUUAAUAACAAAGCUUAAUCUUAAUAGAGAGGGAUGCCACCUAGUAACAUCCUCGCUUACGCCGGUCUUCUAACCGUGGCUUUUUAUGUUGCUUAUGGUACUGAUCCAACUCAGCUGCAAGAUUUCUGUGUAGGGGUAAAUAACCCUUCUGAUGGAGUAUUCGUAAAUGGAUUGUUCUGUAAGGAUCCAAUGGCUGUCGAAGUGGAGGAUUUCGUUUUCGAGGGGCUAGACAAGCCCGGAAAUACACGCAACCAGGUAGGUUCGGCAGUUACACGAGUGACUGCAGCAAACCUUCCAGGGCUCAAUACCUUAGGUAUAUCAUUGGCUAGAAUUGACGUCGCACCAUACGGCGUAAAUACUCCCCACCAUCAUCCUCGUGCAACCGAGGUCAUCACCAUUAUUGAAGGUACCUUCUACGCUGGUUUCGUAACCUCCAACCUCCAAAACGGCGAAAACAAGCUAUUCGCCAAGGUGCUUAAAAAAGGAGAUGUUUUCGUAUUUCCUCAAGGACUCAUUCAUUUUGAGACCAAUAUUGGUAAUACUCCCGGUGUAGCCCUUUCUGCAUUUAGCAGCCAAAACCCUGGCGUUGUCACCACUGCUGCUGCCGUGUUUGGCGCUAAGCCGCCUAUCUCCAUUGAUGUUUUAACUAGGGCCUUCCAACUCGAUCCUAGAAUUGUGAGGAACCUUCAGUCUCGCACCUUUGAAUGAGCCCCUAACUCCAGGAGUUUGGAGAAUAUGAAAACUUUCAUUGUCCCUAGAGUAUCUGAUUAUCUAAACUAUAAAUUUGGUGUCUGCCCCUAUCUGGGUAGAUGAUUAAACUAUAUAUCCUAGUGGUUUGAAUAAAUAAAUUGUGAGCUAAAGUUUCCAACAAUGAUGGAAUAUCCUCUUUGCUUCUAAGAAUUACAAUGAUGGAUUUGUUAUGGCAAGUGCCACAUAAUUGCUUGCAAUAUAUACUUACUAGCCUUCAUAUGCACGCGAUGCGU